CAUGUAUCAUUUAUAGAUUUUUCAAUUAAUCAAGUCAACAGAUGAACGUAAAUGAUGAUUAUAUAUUUUAACAGUGCUCAAAAACGAAGUUUAACCUAAGUUUUUAUUAAAUAACGUGGAGAUGGAAAUAGAGAAUUGUGAAGGAAAUAAACAAAAAUUAGACAGUCCAGGAGAUACAUCGGAAUAUUCUGCACCAACAACAACUCAGUUAAUGACUUAUAAGCCUGUGAAAGUAAAUUUGAAAAGAUCAUUUUCUUCGAAAAUGUUAACAGAGAAAAAUGAUAUUAAAAAGGAAGAAAAUGAUGCAAAUACAAAUAAUGAAACAAGUGUUCCAAACAAGGAAAAUCAUGAUACUAGUGAACAAGAUUUAAAAUGUAUUCCAAGAAAACGUCGAUGGGGUACUACAUUGUCUACAGAUACUGCACCUUCAUUUUCAAUUUCUACAGAUUCACUUAAAGCAUUAGUGCCAGGAGCAAGACCAUUGUCGAUAAAUGAAGUUCGUCUUUCAAAAGAUGAUGAUGAAGAUAGAGAUCAUUAUCAGAUUAGUGAAAAGUGGCACAAUUCUAAUGAAGGAGUAAAUGAUAAUAAAUCUGGUGAUGAAAAUAUACAAAAAAAUGGUACAGCAAAGAAAGGAGAUGCAAAAAUAGAUAAUCAUAUAGCGGCAAGACGAAAAAUAUCUAUUGUUAAAGAAGUGCCACAUAUAAAAUCUCCGAGUCCACCUGCUACAAAACCUACAAAUAUACUUUUGAUUAAAAACUUGGUUCGUCCUUUCACUUUAAAUCAAAUUAAAGAGUUACUCUCACGUACUGGCACAAUUGUUGAAAAUGGAUUUUGGAUGGAUAGAAUUAAAUCCAAAUGUUUUGUAGAGUAUGCAAAUGAGGAUCAAGCAUUUGAAACAAGACAAGCAUUACAUGGUAUAUCCUGGCCUGUUUCAAAUCCAAAAAGGCUUCAUGUUGAAUACGCAACCAAAGAUGAUAUGGAAUUGGCGCGAGAAUUGUCAAAAGAUCAAUCUAUUCCAAGAAAAACAGAACCUCUUGUACCAUCUGAUUCAUGGCAACAAGAUUGGAACCGUGAAGAAAGGACAAAUACAAAGGUAAUGGUAGUCCGAGAAUGGGAUCUAGGUAAGGAAGAUGGCCAGCAGCACAUAAAAGAGAAAGAACGUGAAAAAAAAGAACAUGAUAAAAAAAGACGACAGAGGAGUCGGAGUCCAGCGGUGGAAGCACACUUGCCAGCUCCAGCCCGUAAAUUCAAAAAGAAAGAGGAUGAGCCACCACCAGCUAAACUUUUAGAUGAUCUCUUUAGGAAGACAAAAGCAACGCCAUGCAUAUAUUGGUUACCACUCAUAAAUGAACAGAUAGUUGUGAAAGAAGAAAUGAGAAGGCAACAUAUGGCAGAACAUGCGCGCAGAUUAGAAGAAAUGAGACGCGCAGAGAGAAACAACAGAAACAGUCGUCGCCGUCGUAGUCCGAGAAAAUAGUUCUCUGAUCUACCACUUUCGAUAAACGUACCUUUCCCUUUCUGAUGCAAAAAUUCCGAUUUUGAUCAGUUACAUUUUUAAAAACGAUGUUAUGAAUCACGGAAAGACAAAUGAAUUUUUUCUUUUUACAUUAGACAGACUUGCCGAACAUACUCUUUAAAUUUUACUUUCUCAAUCGUUCCACGAUUUGCAGGCUGUUUUACAAUUUAACAUAUGGUGUUAGAAUUUGCGUUUUUAUUCUUCAAUUUUUUUCUUUUUUUUUUUUUUUUUUUAAUUCAGAAAACUUUUGUUUCUGUAUCGACUUCGCGUAUUAGUUUCUCUGUUUGAUUUCAUUCGUUCAAUCGCUGAUUUUUGUUCAUUGGUCAGAAACUGUACAAAUUUGUUGCAUGAUCAGGAAACGUCCCGAUCUCCGAUCCAUCGUCCCUGAAAUUUCAGCAUUAAGGGGGUAUUCUGGUAAUCCGGCCAAAAAGAUAAGCAAUAUUCAGGAUUUUUUUUCUCGGUAAAUAAAUGAUAGCUUUGUAAAACUUUUAUACUAUAUUAAUGCUUACUUAACUUUUUUUUAUUUAUAUAUAAUUUAUAUAUAAUUUUUUUACAUAAAAUAAUGUGCAAUAACGUCUCUAAGAAAAUCUUACUGGCAGAAUAGAAAAAUCAACUGAAAAUUUUUUGCAUAUUUUUAAUUCCUUAAUAGAUAGCAAUCACUUAUGCUAAAGGUACUAAUUCUUAAAAUAUGAAAGAUUAUCUUUUAAUUACAAUUUCUAUCUGCAAAAAAAAUAUAUAAUAUUCAAUUUAAUUAAAUAGCUAUCGACAAUAGUUAAUGAUUUGUAGAAUAAUUUUAAAAAAUUUCAAAUUAAUUAAUUUAGAUAAUCUUUUCUAUUUUUAUUCCGCCAAUAAGAAAAAAAUCGUUUCGAGAAAAAUUAAAAAAUUUUCCGUACUGACUUUUGAUAAUAAAUAUAAAUUUAUAUUCAAUCGGCAAUUCUGGCUUUAUACAAAAUGCCUUUAGCUACUUCAUACUCUUUAUCUUCAGUUGAUCUAACAUUUCUAUCGACUUGGGUUGUUUUGAAGUGUUAGUAUUCUCGCGUUCUGAUUUUGCAGAUUCAUGUUUCGUUCUACUUCUCCGUGACUGACAUGGCAUCUGGUUCGAUAAUCAUGUUCAUCCUUUGCAUUAUUUUUAGAAGUUUAAAUCUUCCAUUAAUGUGCAAGCACAUUACAUGGCAAUUUUUUAUUAACUUUUUUUCAGAAAAAAUAUGUUUGGAAAGCAUCACAUGCAAGAGUUAAAACUUUUGUUGUUCUUUUACGUGUUUGUCUCCGAACAUUUUUCUAUAAUCAUCUGAAAUCAUUAUACACGGGCUUCGAAGUAUCACGAAUUUUAUCAUCAAUAACAAAUGGAUGUUUAUAAUCUUCCAAUGUUUUAGUUGCUUCAGCCUUGCGCCAUUUACACCAAGAUUCAGGUCCUUCUGCGCAAUAGGAAUGCUGAGGAUUUUCGACAGUCGAAAUUUUACGAUAGUAAGUCGUUCAUACUGCUUUCCUCAUCUCUUCGGUUGAAUUUGAGUGUCGACAUAUAGUCAAGCUAGUAAUAAAAAAUUCCUCUAUCAAUUUAUUUGUCAACUAUAUUUUUUCGCCAUUGUACUUUUCCUCUUUUUCUUUGAUUUAUUCGUCCUUGAUUUGCAGUUGUUUUUGUGUCUUUUUCAACUGAGUAAGUUGUUUUUAAUAUUCGCGCAUUUCUUCAUAUAUGAAACGCACUCUUUCUUCUUAUUAUGAUGAAAUCAUCUUCUUAAGAUUUCGCAUUUAAUAAUCCUCCAAUGAAAUAAUCAUAUAUUUUUCGUCAUACUUUUUGGUAGAUCUUUCAAAACUUUUAAAAUAUUUUCAUCGUAUCUUCGUGGUUGGCAUCGCACAUUGCAUCAUUUCAUGCCAUGCAUUGUUUUAAUAUGCGUCGCUUAUACUAUACGAGGGAAAUCUAUGUUCAAUGUUGAAAUAAUAUUUAUAUUUGAAAAUUUCAUUAUAUUUCGAAAAUAUAGAGAAAUAUUUGAAAGGUAUAAAUAAUAUUAAUAGAAUCGAUUAGAGCUAGAGUUAGGUAUUAUUAAAUAGACCGAAACGAGCCGCUCGACCGCUAGUGUUCAUGCGGCGCGCUUCGGCGCGUUCGUUACAAAAAAUUAUAUUAGUCUAAAUUAUUUUGAAUUUUGCUAUCAAAUUUUCAGAUAACAUUUUUAGAGAUACAUACUUUCGAAAAAUGUAUAAAAAAAUUGAUUUUUUGAAACCGGAUUACCAGAAUAUCCCCUUAAACCAUACUUCUUACAGGUCGACAUUGACUAUCCAACAGUGCGGCGUAACUGUAGAACAAACGAUAGUGUUUGCAUCGUGUAGGAGUGAUGCAUCACGUUCUACGAUACGUCGUAGUGCGAUAUCGCAAAACGUGCCCUGGGAAUUGGAGGAUAAUCAAACGAAAAACUGUCCACAUAGGGAAAAAAACUUGAAACUUAAUAUUCAUGAUCAUUGAAAAUGUUUGUUUUCUUACAAGAAGACAAAACAAAAUAAAAACAAACAAAAAUGAAAUGAAAUGAAAGUUGAACGAAUUGUUAGAAGCAGCAACAAACAAAAAACCUGAAAUGAUGAUGGCGAGAGACUGUGGUAUUGACUGAUAUGAAGUUAUCUUAAAGCAUCAAUGAGAGUAUUUUCUCUCCCUGGAGUUAUUUCUUUUCUUUGUCGGUAGAAUAGCCUGACUUCCUUGAAUUCUGACAUAUACUACCAUAAAUUUGGUAGUAAAAUGUAAAGUUUUAGUGUUUCUCGUUUUCGCGCAAUAAAUUUGCACAACCAGAAACACAUUUGUAUAUAUAAAGUAUAAUUCAAUAUACCGUGAUAUGACAUGUAAAAUUAUCAAUAAAUGUAAAACACUAUAGGUUAUAUACAAAAAAUACAUUUGCCGCUUACUUUAUACAAUGUCACACCAUAUUUAGAAGAUUUGUCAUUCAUCCUUGAAAUAAGAUCGAAAGAUUUACGAAAAAAAUACACUUUUAAAACAGAAAA